UCGAAACUCGCUACGCUACAGGAACAAAUUUGCCGGAACCAGCUGAUUCUUCAUCAACCUUGACAAAAAUAAGAUGUUACGUAACUGGAAGCUGUUGCAUUUCAUGAAGUAUCAACAGACAGAUAUCGUUAUUUACUCGAUUGUAUCGAAAGCUGUUAGGAAGCGCUUUCAAGCGAUACUUUCGCUGAUUUCUAACAACGACGUACUUUCAUUCUUAUCUGAAAUUACAGACCACCUAGAAGCGCCACCUACACCUGCCGCUUAACUAUGGAAGAUGAAAGUGCUUGGGUAAUUAAAAAAGAUUGCUCCGGAGUUGACACAGAUUCGGUCAAAAGCUUCUGCUUCGACAGUGACUCUGUGGCUCUACGAAUAGCAAGAAUGCUUCCUUAUGCUCUUAUUAUUUUGGGAUCUACGGUUGGAAAUAUUCUGGUCGCUUUCGUUGUCUUCAGAAGUCGCCCCAUGCGAAAGGCGAUAAACUUCUUUAUCGUGAACAUGGCUAUGAGCGAUUUAUUGAUCACACUGGUGUACAUGCCGAGAGUGAUUGGCAUUCUAUUAAGAGGUUACGAAUGGCUUUCCGAAGGCAUAGCUGGGUUAGUGUUUUGUAAACUGGUGUACUUCAUUCAUGAGACAGCUGUCAGUGUGACAAUAUUUUCUGCAAUCUGUAUCAGCGGUGAACGUUUCCUAGCUGUUGUACGUCCAUUGAAGACUUUGGCCAACGGCACUAAAGCGGCGCGCUACUUAAUCGCUCUUACAUGGAUGAUAUCCUCGCUUCUUAGGAUUCCAAUCUUGAUCGCAAACAAAAUUGGUGAACACUGUGGCAAAGUAUACUGCAGCCUCUCUCUGGAUGAAGUGUUUUGGCCAGGUUCCUCAGUAUUAUACCACAAAUUCAACUUGAUUGGCAUGUAUGCCACGCCCAUGGGAGUCAUGAUCGCUCUGUAUUCAGCAACGAUCUUUUCUUUAAAGAGAAGAAGUCGUCCUGGAAAUAGAGUUACAACCGAGAACACACAAGCUACGGAGAUGAACAGAAAAGUGUCCCGAAUGGUGCUCGUAGUUACAACUGCUUUCAUUCUUUGCUGGAUUUUAUACUUUAUUAUUGCCGUUUUGAUGUCGUAUGACGUAAAAAUCUCAUGCAAUAUUCUGUAUCUUAGACUUCUUUUCGCCCACUCCAACUGCGCGCUGACGCCUGUGCUUUAUGCGCUGUUUAGUGAAAAUUAUCAGCGGGAGUUUAGAAACUUGUUUUGGGCAUGUCUUUGCCUGCGGCGCCCAAGGCGACGAGCAAGAACUAGCGAACGUUUGGGAAUCAACGAGAGGGCAUGGACUGUAGAAACAAUGACGGAAUGUCAACUAUAAAUUUCUCAGUUGCUAUCAGCUCAUUUUAAAAACAACUAGUAUACAAAUGAUCAGGUGUUAUUUAUGAAAACUGGUGCAAAUUAAAGUGGGUUUCCAUUUUCGGUGAAGAAAUCCGAGAACAAGUAAUAAAUAUGAAAUAAAUCAAUGUGUAAUUUGUAAUUGACCGUCUUUACUUUGCUAUGUGAUUGUUCGACCUAAAACUCACCCUAAUUUCUUAACUAAUCAGACUCUCAGUUUGAUUGUUUUUUGGCACAAAACAGGAUCAAGCCCUCAGUGAUAUCCACUUUUUUACCGUAUAACAGAUCGGCGAAAACUAUCAUGAUGUGACUAAAUUGUUUGUGGUUAUUAUAAACUUGUCCAUUUUGCUAAUAUUUGAUUUUUACUCGGGC